CGAGCCGAGAGUUGUCGGUCCUGCUGUGAAUGGCGAGCUGCGCACAGAGCAUCAGUUGGCGGAGCUCCCACUCCGGUGUACGAGGUGUGAUCAAUGGCGCAGUAGCUAGUCCCGUGACGCAGGCGUUAGGCAAGAAGAAAACAUCAACAACAGUAACAAACACAACAACAGAAGUCAGCGCGAAGUUUUCACGCCUGUUGGGCGACUGGCGCUGGAGCAGACAUUGCACACCAGCCUGUAUCUGAGGCUAGGGUGGACCAGACUGACAGACUACAGUCCCGGUGGUUCGUGAAUACAACCUCUGCUGUGCUGUUGAGAGCAUUUGAGGAGAAAGGAUGGAGCGCCAGACAAGACUAUCAGGACGGUUGACGACAACCCGUUGCCGAACUGCACAGGGAGGGAUCAAAGGUUAAGGCACUGACACAUCGGUUAGUGAAUGUCUUCUUUUGGAAGAGAUUUCGUUCGAUCAUGACACCCUCUUUGGUUCGAAAAAAAACAUGCCUGGUCUACGGAAGCUGCAGAGCAGCAGGAACAGAACCCUGAGGUUUGUUGGUGACCUAGACCUGAUGUGGACCUGAUCAGCAUCGUGUGGAUGUCCAUGAGGUGUGAGGAGUCUGUGUGCCAACACUCUACAACUUGUGUUUCGUGCCUGAAAACAAUCAUUAGCCUGAUAUGCUCAGCAAGGGUCCUGACAACAUCACUUGUUACUAGUUUUAUAUCCUAUUCAUGGUAUCAGUGUCAGUGGAUUUUUGGCAACAACAAUUUGAAAUCCUGAACUGCCAGUUACGAGACUUCUGCUCUUGUCUCAGAUGUCAAUAAGAUGUAAAGGACGCCAUAAAGUUUCCUUGGUAAAGCGGAAAGAAUUGGAAUUGUUUUGGUGAGAAAUGGCAAGAAAUGUACUCAGGACAAUGGAGCUCAAUGUCUUGAAAAGGACGCUGGUGACUUUACUGUGGAUGAGUUCGCUGGUGAGGUUGUCAGUGAUGCAGCAGACGACAACCAACGCAUCACACCUGCUGGGUAUUCUUCCGCCUCUACAAGAUGAGCAGACGACGGCUAUUUUACGCAAUAUUUCAGACGACAAAUUCAGCUUCUAUGUUGUCAACAUAUCUGUUCCGGAAAAACAAACAUUGCAGAGUUAUGCAGACGCUGUGCACGAGGUGCAGCGAAGAAAAAUCACUGCCUUGGUGGGGCCGUAUCACCCCCAGUACUAUGUGGCCUGCCGCCACCUCAAUGUACCCUACCUUGUGACAUCACAGCUCCCCGAGGACAUAGUACCCGGACCGCUCCUCGUCGAGCUGUUCCCCAACGCCGUGACGUUUGGCAAAUCUGUUAGUGACGUCAUCAGCUUCUACCACUACACCAAAGUCGCCGUCGUGUACGACUCCUGGGCAGGUGCUGCAGUUCUGGAGCAGCUGUUGAUGAAGUCGUCGAUGGAGGUGACGGCGUAUCGCGUGCAGCAAAACCGACUGAAGCCAGUCCGUGACGCCCUCAAGUCCAUGCGUGACCAGUACUUUGAUGUCUACGUGUCUGUCCUGAGCCCCAACACCACCAACUACGUCAUGAAUCAGGCAUUAUCACUCAGCAUGUUUUCGCCGGCGUAUAAAUGGAUUCUUGUAAACACUUACCUGGACGAGUUCGGGCUGGAAAAGUACGUGGACACGAGGGCGAACAUCACUGUGCUGCGGCUGAUGAUGGACUUCCACUCACAGCUGUGCCAGCUGCAGGCCGGCGACAUCAGCCUCAAGCGGGCAGUCCUACACGAUGCGGCGCAGGUCUACAGGUUCCGGACGAUGAACCACCAUGGCGAGGUGCGCUGUCAGAUGAAGCAACCAACAAAGAGGUGAAUAAAGGGCAGGUUGAGGGUCGACGGCUGCACCGGCUGUUUAGAGUUUGAUUCCUUCGGAAGACGACAAGAAAGUUUUCUUCAGAUCAUGAGCCUACAGGGAUAUCGCAAAGGCGAGAGCGGAACGUGGCGAAGUUCACCUCUUGACCUCGUGCGGCGCGUGGUCCCGUCAAAGUCCUACAGUUACGUCACCCGACAGCAGGUCUUCGGGGAGGAGCCACUGAGAAUCACCACCUUAAUAGAGCCGCCAUUCGUGCAGUAUCGGGGGGACACCAAGGGUUGGCGCGAGCCAGGCAUCGUAGAGGCGACUACAGGCAAGGAGCUGGAGGGCAUGUGUCUGGACAUCCUCAAGGAGAUGUCUCAGCUUCUGGGUUUUACCUUCAACGUGUCCUUAGUCCCAGACGGCAAGUACGGGUCACUCAAACCCACAGGGUGGACUGGCAUGGUGGGACAGCUGUUGAAUGAUAAAGCCGACAUCGCGCUGGCACCGUUCCAGAUGUCGGCGUCGCGGUCGUCAGCCGUCGACUUCACCAAACCCUUCAUGACGAAAGGGACGACUGUGGUGGUGAGGCGGCCCGAGCAACACAUCUGGGUCUUCCAGUUCCUCUCACCUCUCUCCAAAGUCGUCUGGUCCGCCAUCUUCCUCGCCUUCGCCAUCGUCAGUCUGGUUCUCUUCGGGGUCAGUCGCGUCAACUCCGACAGAAAAGCUCAGUACACGAGUAACUUGCUGGAGAGCUUCUGGUACAUCUGGGGCACCCUCCUGAGGGGGUCUCUGAGUGGCUCGCCAUACGCCAUCUCCUCCCGCAUCGUCAGCUCCGCCUGGUGGUUCUUCUGCCUCAUCGUCACCUCCAUCUACACUGCCAACCUCGCUGCUUUCCUCACAAUCACCAUUGGAGAUGCAGGCAUAGAAUCAGCCGCUGACCUGGCCAGCCAGAAUUAUUAUGAUUACGGCACAGUGGAGGGCUCGCAGACAGAAACUUUCUUCAACCACACCCGAAUGCCGAGCUAUGCCCAGAUGUGGGCCUACAUGUCCACCCUCUCACCUGGCUCCAGGGUUCGCAGGGUGGAGGACGGAUUCAAGCGAGCAAGGGAAGGUCGAUACGCCUUCAUCUGGGACACGCCGACCACGCACGAGAUCUCCAACGACUGCAACCUGAUGGAGGUCGGCUCCUCCUUCGACAACAAGGGCUGGUUCGCCUUCCAGAAACACGCGCCGUACUCCGAGCGUCUGUCGUGGGCGCUGCUGAAGCUCAACGAUGCCGGCAUCUUGUACAGGCUGGAGAGAAAAUGGUGGCGACCGCAGUUCUGUCCCAAUCAAGUCCAAAGCGCCAAGACAAAAUCCUUGGACUUGGAGACAGUCUCUGGAAUGUACCUCGUUAUCCUGGGUGGAAUCGUCAUUUCCGCCAUCUUGUGUCUGGCGCAAUACUGUCUGGCCAAGGACGCAUCAAAAAGCGACGUGCAGCGGACGACGAGGACGAGGAUGAGAAGACACGUAACCCGGGCAUAAAAGUCAAAGCGACGGUGUGGUCAAGGCAGGUGAGGACCUUCAGGUGUUUCAAAACCACUCGUCCCUCACCUUUCGCACUUUGUCGCCCUCCGAGUGGUCAUAACUGCGCGGCCACGUCACGUGUCUGCAAUGCAAAUAUUUGGACCUACCUGACCAGGUGAUGACCUCUAGGCGCCGGAAAGAAGAUGCCUUUCCCCUUCCCCUCCCGCUUCCAUCCGCCAAGUGCCAUCAUCUACCAGGUGCUGGAUGUCAGAGGAGUGCUGCCCGGUGCUUGCAAAUGUCCGGCAUCAGUUGUUGGAAAGAUGUGCUGACUGCUGGGGAUACCUGAGGAUACCUUCAGACUAAUGCCUUGCUGAAUGGGCAUUUGAAGACUUUGAUUCUUUAGCUAAGCAGGUGUGAAGUGCCAUUUGUGAGCGAGGGCUGUCAGGCAGCGAUGAUCGGAAGUUCUGGUGCGGACCAAAAGUCAACGAAAGAUGUGGGAAAUGUAGGAAAGACUCAGCAAGACACAGCUGUGGGACAAGUGUUGUUCCUGGACACUGCAGACCCGCUCAUCGCUGUGACAGGGUCAGAAGGAGUUGGACUGUGGCGCCAGACAUGACAUUUUCUUAAUAUGUUUGUCCAGAAUCUUCCUUCCGACCGGUUUCUCUGGACUGUAUCUGCUUGUGAGCGUACUUGAAGUCCCGUUGAUUACAUGAUAUUAGUUGAUAUUACAAUUUGUAAAAUUAAAAACUAACACUUUUUUGCGACUGUGCAGUUACUAAUUACAAACAACAGACACCGAAGACAAGCGACAACAACAACAGCCACAACAUAUGACAGAGGACCGGCUUUGAGGCCACCAGUUCUGACGUCACCAUUGUAACUGUGUUCAUGCAACAGUCUCAGAGUAACCUGUACACACAACUUCUUGAAACUGAUAAAAGACAAGUAACAUCGUUAGAGGGAUGUUUUCACUGGCUCUGACUUGCAAGCAAGCAGUCCAUGUCUGUCUUUCUGACAUUCUUUCUUUGUUUGUCUGUUCGUCCGGUACUCCUCUGUCUACCCAACCCGACUAUGCAAUGUUCCCUUUUGUUUGGUCACGUGAUCGUCUUACCAAUGUUAAAAGCAUGUGACCUCUACCAUUAAUAAUAGAUAAUGAUAGUUUCGGCUUUCAUCCUGGUAACUCCCAGAAAAUUCAGGAGCUGCAAUCGUUAAUGUCUUGUAAAUAAAAAUAUUGAUGACAUUUUUAUGAGAGUGGAAUGAAUACCCAAUUUUGGUGUGCUAUUUAUAGCAGCGCUUGUAACACUUUGUUGCAUUAUUUAUCAGGCUUGCGAAAUAUUGCAGGUAAAAUCAUCAUCACGAUUGUCUGGUUGGGAGGGGGAUAUAUUGAAUCGUUCUUUCCCAUUUUUUAUUUCUUCUUUCUCUUUCUCUUUCAGUCACAUCACAGACAUAUGUACACAGACAGUAAAUGCACGUGCGCUUGCAAACAUGCACAUACAACAUACUUUUUCAAAACAUAUCUAUUUACGUGAAUUUAGAUAACUUUCUUAUUUAUGAGGUUACAUUCAGAAAAUCGUCCACCUAUUAAAAUGUUUUUAUGUGUUUCUGUUUUCUUCUCCUUCACUGUUUGUGGGGCUAGUGAAUUUAUGCUAUUCGUUCCACGUGUCUGUUCUACAAACCAAAGUACACAAGUCGUUAUAUAUUACACCAGGUAACCACUGUAACCCGGGUAACUCUGUGUACCCUAAUACUUUCCGUAGGUCAGUGGUUAAGGGAGGGUCGACAAGGGUCAAAGAGAGUGGUUAGGGAGGUGAAUUUGUUGUCUUCAUCCCACUUCGUUCUUCCAUUUGGAACAACGAUUUCCUCGUCUCUCCACUCACUGUUUAUGCAAGGUUACCGGUGGAUGAUGUUUAUCGUGUAGAUUCCAAACAAACAAACAAGCAAACAAACAAACAAACGAACGAACAAACAAACAAACAACCAAACAAACAGCUCGUCUAAGACAAUCCUCAUGCUGCAUGCAAAUAUGCAGUUGAUUACCAGUGUUGUGUUUGAUAGUACAUUACAUAUAUUUAAUGGCAUUUCACUAGUGGGUUGUAGAUUGUUUUCAUCAACUGACCAAACAUUACUCAACGAGUCAAAGACAUUUGGAUCAUUUUUAACUCAUCACCUGCUUAGUACGUAUGUUUAUGAGUAUUUAUAUGUAUGUUGAACUGAAUGUAUGCAGACGAAUGUGUUUGUGCGUGCGGCGGUAUUGCCUGAAACCCUAACUGUAACGGUCAGACAUUUUUGAUGAUUAUUGAAUAAUAUUGAUAUUGUACAUGAUUACUCGGAUGGUAGCAGAACUAGUGGUUCUCCGACAAUUCUCGUUUCUUGUUUUGACGUAUCUUGUGGAAUACUUCUUCCGCCUGGAUGAUCACGGACCUGUCUCAGACCUGUAUGAUGUAUAACCCAAUAAAGCAAUAAUAACCUUUGA